AUGGUAGCAAACCGAUGUCUGGCCAUGGGCAACGGUUCGAUAAAAGCCCGGCAGGCUGAGGAGAACACCUGCCUGGCCUCCAUCCACACAGACCCCCCAGGCCUGGACGUGGACAUCCUGAGGUUGCGAAUAACCUACCUGGAGGGGAAGCUCACGCAGCGGGACCAGGAGUUGAAGGCCCAAGAACUUCAGUUGCAGCAUCUCCAGAAAGAGUUGGAGGCCAAGGUCUCUCAGAUUGACAAACUGCAGGAUGCUAUCGGGUACAACAGCUUGGGAUGCUCGCCACCAGGGAUUAGUCCACGCCGCUUCAGCGUCAUCAACCAGGGUCCCGGUCAUUUCCACAGGGUGGCCAUGGAGGUCCACCGAAGGCUCAAAGCCAAAGAAGGAGUCUCUGCUGAACCCACUUCUGACAACUUCUGUGGGGGGCUGAGGCCUACGCACAUUUCCACGGUGAAACCCAUCCGGAAAGAUUCACAAACAACCAAGAUGCUGAACGAUGCCAUCAUGAACAACGACUUCCUGAAAAGACUGGAGCCGCAACCCCUGAGGGAGAUGGUGGAGUGCAUGUACGAGAAGGUUUACGGCCAAGGACAGACGGUCAUCCAGGAGGGCCAAUGUGGGAACUACCUCUACGUUCUAGCAGACGGCUUGCUGGAGGUGGUCCAGAGUGGGAAGUUGCUUGGUGAGAUGCGUCCCGGGACAGCGUUUGGGGAACUGGCCAUACUGUAUAACUGUAAGAGGACGGCCACUGUAAAAGCUGUGACCCAGUCCCACAUCUGGGCCUUGGACCGCCGGACAUUCCAGGUUAUCGUGAUGCGGACCGCACAAGCCCAGCAUGAGGAAUAUUUCAGUUUUUUGAGCAGUGUGUCCCUACUUCGAGAGCUGCCUGAAGAGAAACUUGCCAAGAUUGUUGAUUGUCUUGAAAUUGACUAUUUUGAGAAAGGAGAGUACAUUAUUCGAGAAGGUGAAGAGGGGAACACAUUCUUCAUCAUCGCAAAAGGAGAAGUGAUUGUCACGCAAAGCGCGGAGGGCUUCUCUGAGCCUCAGGAAAUCAAGACCCUCGGAGUCGGAGACUACUUUGGAGAGAAGGCGCUCAUCAGUGAAGAUCUUCGCUCAGCCAACAUCGUCUGCAGUGAAGAUGGGACGCAGUGUCUGGUGGUGGACAGGGAUAACUUCAACCAGAUGGUGGGAACCUACGAGGAACUCCAGGCCUACUUGAAGGAAUACAUAGAAGAACUUUCCAGGAGUGAUGAGAGGAGGAACGCCCUGCCUCAUUCGCCGCAGGUUGAUUCCGCUGAUGCCCAAGAGCUGAUACGUCUAAAGGAGAAAAUGAUGCUUCUGCCACAUCAUCAGCCUUUCCAGGAUCUGCAGGUCGUAGCGACUUUGGGAAUGGGAGGAUUUGGACGGGUGGAGUUGGUGAAGCUUAAGGACGAGGACACCACGUUUGCUCUGAAAUGCAUAAAGAAGAAGCAUGUUGUGGACACCAGGCAGCAAGAACACGUUUACUCCGAGAAGAAUAUCCUUCUGCAAAGCAACUCAGCCUUUAUCAUCAGGUUAUUUCGAACAUUUCGGGACAGCAAAUGUGUCUACAUGCUGUUGGAGGCGUGUCUGGGUGGAGAAUUGUGGACUGUGCUGCGGGACAUGAAUUAUUUUGAUGAUUCCACGGCCAGAUUUUGUAUCGGUUGUGUCUUGGAGGCCUUUGAGUAUCUCCACACCAUGGGGGUCGUCUACAGAGACCUCAAACCUGAAAACCUUCUCCUCGAUGCCAAAGGUUAUGUCAAGAUGGCAGACUUUGGCUUUGCUAAACAAAUUGGUCUCGGAAAGAAAACUUGGACAUUUUGUGGGACCCCAGAGUAUGUGGCCCCAGAAGUCAUCAUGAACAAGGGCCAUGACUUUGGAGCUGACUGCUGGUCUUUGGGAAUCCUCAUAUUUGAACUCCUAACUGGCAAUCCACCCUUUUCUGGCUCAGACCCCAUAAAGGUCUACACGGUGGUCCUCCAUGGCAUUGAAAAAGUCGACUUUCCAAAGCGAAUAGGCAAGCGUCCAGAUGACCUCAUCAGGAGACUUUGCAAGUUAAAUCCCGUGCAAAGGCUGGGAAACAAAAAGAAUGGCAUCACCGACAUCAAGAAGCACAAGUGGUUCCAGGGGUUCAACUGGGAGGGAUUAAGGCGUCACAAGCUAACGUCUCCUCUGAAGAGAGAGCUGCAAGGCCCCCUGGAUCACAGUUGCUUUGACAUCUUCCCUGCCGACACAGAGGUGAUCCCGGAUGAGACAUCUGGCUGGGAUAAAGACUUCUGAUCCCUCACCAAAAACUCACAUCUCAAACAAGCU